CAGUACUCAUGUGUUUAAUAGGGCAGGUGAAGCGAAUGAUGACAAUGACGAGGCAAUGGAAGAAGAUAACGAAGAAGCUUCUCAGCCUAGAGAAAACGAAGUUCAAAGAGAAGUUACUGAACCAACCACUGUAGAAGCAUCUGCUCCUGAAGUCAAUGAGGCCCCAAACACUCAACAAUCGUCAGAACAAUUGGAUCAACUUCGCCACAUUCUCUCCAAUAUCAGACCCAGUAGUAAGUAUGAUGGCAGACGCAAUACGAUUUCUUACACUUCUUUUAGACGGACCUCCAAUCUCACUAAGCGACAUCUUGACCACACAAACAAUCACACCCCUAUUAAAUGAUCCUGAAAUCUGUGCAUCAUUAUUUCCAUUUUUGCCCGAGGAAUCCGAAAGAUCUGUAGAAGAAGUGAGACAAGUAGUGAGAAGUCCACAAUUCAGUCAAGCUUUACAAAGCUUGAGUGCUGCUCUUCAAACAGGUCAAUUAGGUCCCUUGUUGACUCAACUAGGUUUGGAUCCUUCUGCUGGUAAUAGUGUUGAAUCCUUUUUAAUAGCUAUCAGCGAACAAGCUAAAAAGAAGAAAGGAGAUGCAAUGGAAGAUUAAGUUUAUUAUUAUUGUUAUUUUUUUCAGAUAGAAUAUA